AUGACGUAUUCUUGCGGUGGGAAUAGUACAGGCGAACGCAAAGAAAUGAGUGCGGAUGGCUUACCCAUAUUUACUUCGACACCAACGAACACAUCUUUGAACCUAAUACAAAUUGACUUUAAGACAGGGAAUGUCCGUGUAACAAAUGCCAUACGUGAUAUUGUGACACCUAAUGGAAAGGGGAUUCGGCGUGGUAGUGCUGCUCAGACGAAUAAGAAAAGUCCUCCACAAUAUGUACUCAGAGACGAAUGUGAAGCAACAGAAUCGCCACAGAAUGUCAAAGACGUUUCCUUGGAAGACGUUUGCAUGCCAAUGGAGACAAGAAUUACUCGGGAUAGUGACCGAUUCGAAAGUUUGGUGCAGUACACGUACGGAGAUGUAAUGUUUGAAAACCGCGAACGUCUUGACACCUGGUGUGGCAACCCUGGAAGACGCUGCACUGACUGUCUAGAGAUAUCUGAUGACAAUUGGAGCAGCUGUGCAGACAGGAUGAUGGCACCUAAAAUGGUGUUUCUGAUCCGGCGCUUAGCUGCAUUGGUUUACCAGACAUGGCCAGAUGAUGAUUCUGAUACAAAAGGGGCAGGUAUUCAGUGGCUCAAACUAUUGGAGGCAUGGGACGAACCAACAUCAUCUCAUCCACAGGGUCAGCAUGGGAACAGUUCGCUUCAUUAUGAAGGGAGGGCAGCCGAACUUACUUUAAAAAAAUCAAACCCGACAAAAAUUCAGGAAUUAGCUCGGCUUGCAAGGUGCGCAGGAUUCGACCAUGUGCGUCAAGAAAAUGACAGGAUAAAAGUGUGCGUUUUGCCUCAAGAGGGUGACAUUGGUGAAGUCGUUUCACUGAUGAAGGCACAACUGCGUGUGGUGACUGCACCACCCAUAGAGGAGCAUCAGUAUGUCAUCCCAGAGGAACUUGACGGAGAGCCCAGAAUACCAAAACUGUUUGAUGGCUGGAAUAGAAGCCAGCCUAUUUCUGAACACUUCAAAAUACAGGACUUUCUGUGUCCACAUAAACAGCGGCAGUACUUUCGAUAUUUCCGCCUUGAAGAGAAAGUAGUAGAAUGUCUUGAACAAGUUAUAACUGACCUCGAGGAAGAGAUAAUUGUGGUAAAAGGCUACAGCGUUAGAUCCGUGAAUUUAAUAAAUAUUGAGAACAGACACCCAAAUGAAAAACAUAGGUACCAGAUGGGGCAAGCCGUGUAUAUAGCACUGACGCAAGGAUCUAAGAAAACCGUUAAAGAACUAACGCUGCAGGUUGUCAGGUCUUGCCUUCCAUUAGUAAUAUUUGAUCAACUCAGUCUCAACAUUGGAAUACACUCUGAUGGCGUAUACAUAGACAUACAUCCCUCAAAUACAUCACAGAGUGGUACUCCAUUGUACAUGUGGACAGGGAGUGGAAAACGGAAGCAGAGAGACAUCGAUGACAUGGACGCGUUUGCCUAUCAGAUUCAAAGAGGUGGUCCUAUUAUUGUACCAAGGCGACCAGAACGUGCGUGCAAGACUCCAACUUUAGGUGAAGACAUGUUUUAUGUAUCUGUACAGUUGGAUUCUGGGAGGUUUGUACAGUACUACAUGUAA